UCUCACUAUAGACACUCCCUGGUGCGCGUCGUGAUCGCUCCUCUCACUAGGACGUUGUCCUUUCCACAAAAUCGAUCCUUUUUUUGCUGUUGGUGAAGGUCGAUUCUAAACGAAUAUCAACUCGCGAGGACAGGUGCACUCGAGGGGUUCAAAGUCAAACACUAAAGCGCCGAGACAUGCUCAAAAAAGUCCUUUCUAAAUCUGGCAGAAGGAUUUUACGGGCGAUUAAGAAGCUCUCGACAUCAGGCGGGCUUGCUAAAAAGUCAAGACCCCCAACACCGGAGAUGAUUCAACCUUGGCAUUCAAUCAUCUCAGAUGCUGAAGAAGCAGAGAAUUUCGACUCCUUGUCCUUGUCUUGUUCAUUGCCUUCCCUAGACACGAAAAGCAUCGAUACCUACGUCACGUAUGUAGCGGAAGGAUUAGAUUCUCUUAAUUCUCGAGGCGAAAGCACAAGCCCUUGUUCAUAUUGUAAUGAACACGAAGAAAACCAAAGAAACGAAAAUCUUGAGAACGAAAUGAUCAACUAACAACUAGGAACAAUUAUUAGAAAUAAUUUAAUUAGCAUUGUUUUAUCUUUGGAUAUAUAUUUAUCUGCAUUUGAUGGCAUUCAAGUUUUGCAGAAGAAACUUUAAAGAGGAUAAUUUUCACUAUAUUUUUACGAAAAAAAGAGAGGGACACAAGCAAGGGUGUAAAUUAAAUUUAAAUUGAGAAAAUUAUUUAUUUUGUAAAAUUUUUAUAACAAUUCAAUUUGUUUAUUUAUAUAAGGGAUUCUUCAAAUAUUGGUUAUUCAUUUAUUCAUAUGAAUUAAGAUCCCUUAGAAAUAAUUUUAAAAAAGAAUAUUUUUUCUAGUAGAGUUCUCCCUGGUAAAAAAAAUUAAAAAUUUUAAGAUAAAUAUAUAUAAAUUAUGUUUUUAGGGAAAAUUUUUUAAAAUGACCAAUAAUAUACUUUUACAUUAUUUUAGAUUUUUGAAAAAUACCCCGUAUAUGAAAAGCGAUUUAGAAUUUAAGUAUAAAAGUGUGCAAAUAUACGUUUUUACAAAAUUGUAUAACAAAUAAGCGCACGCUAGAUUUUUGUACUUUCAGAAAAAAAACACACUUCAAACAUAAUUUUGCAAUUCCAUUUGCUUUUUACAUAAAUCACAAAUUCUACAUAGGAAAUUACAAAUUUAUAACCUUUUUUUUCAAUCCGUCCGUUUGAAGUAUAUAAAUUUUAAAUGUUUCACUCAACAAAAACUCGACAAGUAAAUAUAGAAUGACUAUUGUUUUUUUAAUUUGUUAUACUUUAAUUAUUAUUAUUAAAUUAAAUUUUGUCUAUUUUUUUAAUUUGGACUAUUUUGUUGUGGAUAAUUAUAUUUUAUUUAAUAUAUUUAUUUAUAUUUAUAUUGAGGCAUUGACCGAAAAAAUUAUACAGUGAAAAUAUUUCCAAUUUUACACGGAGAAAACAAAAUAAAUGUUAUAUGAAAAAGAGAUUAAUAUCUUGGUAUUAAUAACGAUUCUCUAUGUAUAAAUUUUAAUAGAGUAAAUGUACCAACUACUGCGGUUAAGUUCAAAUUUAACAUGUCCAUGAUCAGUAUAUAUAAUAUAUUGAUCAGUAAGAAGCGAGAAAUUAAAAAGGAUUAAAAAUUUUACUUCUCCAUAUAGAAAAGAUAAAUUAAUCAAUCUUCUGAAAUUCCAUUUUUCUCCAAUCCCUUUUGUUAUUCUCUAUUACAGUUAUAAGUUUCACUUAAAAAUGAAUUUUUAAUAUUUUGCUAACUAUUCAAUUUUUUUUAAAUUUCAAUUCAAAGUAAGUCUCAACUAAGUAGGUACUUCAAUUUCUCUGGAAGAUGAAUUCGAAUUUAUUCCAUUUUUAUCUCGCUAACUAUUAAAUUCUUUUGCAUUUUAUAAGAAUGAAGAAUGAAGUUUCAGUUUAAGUACACUUAAAAAAAUCAGUAGAUUUGAUUACUUUUUAACUACUCUGCCUAGUACAAUAGGACCCGAGGGGGAAUUUACUAGUUAAAAACGUGUACACUUGACUACCGGUAUUACACCUCAUAUUACCCUUAUUACUAAGUUAUUACACGUUAUUACAGAGUAUUACACAUUAUUACAGAGAUAUUACAGAUUUUUUUGCGUUAUUACAGCACCGUAAUAACGCAUUAUUACACGGUAUUACACGUUAUUACACAAGUAUUACAGGAAGAGUGUACACUUGACUACCUGAGUAAAUUCCCCCUCGAUAGGACCUCAACUGAAUUUAAAAAAUUCUAUUGACUUUUAUAUGAGAAUAGUUAAAAGAACUAAGAAUGUAGUAGGUCGAAUGAGAUUUUGUAGUUGCUUCAGUUGUAGUUUAAGAUCUCACCUAUAUUUUUUUCAGUGUAUCCUUAUAAUUAAUUUAUUAAUUAAUUGUAAUUAAAAAUAUAGUAAAGCUUGUUUCAUAGUUCUUGUUAUAACAGGUUGUUCGAUUUCUACUAUGAAAACUGAAGGUUCAAAAUAUCGGGCCAACAUUUAUUUUUCCGAAUAAAAUUUUAAAAUUGUAUAUUGAAAAAAGUUGAAAUGAGCUUAUUUCCAACUGUUCUAAAUGAAUAAAAAAGAAUUGGACUAAAGUGGAAUUAAAAUGAAUUAGAUUACAACUCUUCUUAAUUUUUCACUUCUCACUGAGAUUUAAUAAUGUAGGGAAAUGUAGUCAUGAAUGGACCACUUCCUGGUUUUUUAUGUAAAAUAAGUCUGUGCAUAAAAAUGUCCGUGUAGAAAUUGACAAAUUUGGCCUAAAAAUGGCUUGAAAAGCCUCACCCAAUAUGGCCGAGACCUGGGAAGCGUCAAAAUGUGGCUUCAUCUUGUGGCCCAAAUCGGGUAAGGCGUUUCAUGCCAAUUUUAUGGACGCUAAGUUUUGCCCCGGUUUGAGCCAUGACAAAAUUUCUACACGGGUGUUUAUUGAAAAAAAAAACUAAUUUUAGUAAAAAUCCGAACUGAAAGGACGCAUAUUUGUAUUCAGAACAGGUGAUUGAAAAAAUAACCUAAAGCAAAGUAGCGAAAAAGUUUUGGGAUCUCAUUUUCCAAGUGCUUCAAAAUAGUAUCUUUUUUCUUUUUGGAGUUGAGUUUGGUUUUUACCUAUUAUUUAGGCUGGAAAAUUAAUCAUGCAAAAUGGAUAAGCAAAAAUUUUAAUGUUUAUUAAAAAAAAUUGUGCUCGCAAAAAUGCCGUCUAUUUUUUCUGUUGAUUUUCAUGAGUGGACAACAUAAGUUUUUCACUGUAAUUACACAUUUCACGUUUGAAUGAAUAUAAAUCGUCACUAAAGUUAAUUUAAAGUGAUUUUUUUGCAUUUAAAAGAUAUUUUGUUCUAAUUUCAUAUAUGUAAAACAAAACUAUGAAAUAAAACGGAAUUUAAUUAUUUCACUGCAAAAAGAAGUAUCUUAUUUUAAGAUG